AUGGAGUACAAACUUGAAAUAGACGGACCAGCGAUCGGGACUGACAAAGACCGGUUUGUCUGCAUCUUCUCCCGGCUUGAGAAGGGAGCGAAGUCGAUGACAACUACCUUCGCCCAGAGAGGAGGGCCUGGAGGAGUAUUCAACCCAACUGCGUUUCUGACAUACUUGACCUCCUGCUAUGGGAACCCAAACCUCAAGCAACAGGCCUUAGAGCGAUUGGCAGACCUUCGUCAAGGUGAUAAAGAGGGCUUUUCCGCGUUUCUCCCACGCUUCGAGAAGGAGCUGGCCGACAGUGGUGGUGCCGACUGGCCAGAUGUGGUACAAACCAGCUACCCACGGAGAUCCGUGAAUGCGGGAUUGGAGAAACUCUUACGUGGCCAACGUGAUAUGCCAACCGAUUACCCGGGGAAGCAAGCCGACCAGCUACCUCCCCACCGGCCAGGUAUCGACCAUGAAAUUCCACUGGAGAAGGACACGAACGGCCAAGAUAAAGCUCCUCCCUGGGGACCGCUGUACGGCAUGACGAGAGAAGAGCUGAUCGUCUUACGGAAGACCCUGACGAAGCUCCUCGACAAGAACUUCAUCAGAACAAGCAGCUCCCCAGCAUCCGCGCCAGUGCUGUUCGUCAGGAAGCCGGGUGGUGGUUUUCGUUUCUGCGUCGACUAUCGAGGUCUGAAUGCCAUCACCCGCAAGGAUAGGUACCCGUUGCCUUUGAUUGGCGAGACACUGCGAUCUUUGUCGAAAGCAGAAUGGUUCACGAAGCUGGAUGUGAUUGCUGCCUUCCACAAAAUCCGCAUCAAAGAAGGAGAAGAGUGGAAAACAGCGUUUCAUACUAGAUAUGGGCUCUACGAAUGGAUGGUCACCCCCUUCGGCUUGACCGGCGCGCCAGCCACCUUUCAGCGGUACAUCAACAACACGCUUCGCGAGUUCCUCGACGAAUUUUGCUCGGCCUAUAUUGACGACGUGCUCAUCUACUCGGACGGCUCCCUAGCCGAUCAUCGGAACAAGGUGCGAAAGGUCUUGCAGAGGCUUCAGGAGGCCGGACUACAAAUCGACAUCGACAAAUGCGAGUUUGAAGCGAAGAGCGUCAAGUACCUCGGCUUUAUUGUUGACGCUGGGAAGGGGAUCCGAGUUGACCCAGAGAAGAUCACGGCAGUGGAACAAUGGGAGCGCCCAAAGUCCGUCAAAGGAGUCAGAGGGUUCAUCGGGUCUGCCAACUACCAUCGGGAGUUUGUGCCCAACUUCUCGACUGUCGCAAUGCCCCUUACUGCAUUGACUAAGAAAGGAGCCCCCUUCCUCUGGUCAGACCAAUGCGAGGAGGCUUUCAAGCGGCUGAAGACGCUCCUUAUUAGUGCGCCGGUCCUGGCUCAGUGGGACCCUGAUCGGAAAACAAUCGCUGAGACAGACUCAUCUGGCUACACAAUCGGUGGAGCCCUCUCUCAAUACGACGACGAAGGAUGGGAUGCGGAGCUACGAAGCGUGCCGUCUUUCGAGAUCUGGACCAACCAUAAGAACCUGGAGUACUUCCAGAAAAAGCGGCAGCUUAGCGAGAGACAAGUUCGUUGGGCGGAGUUGCUCGCACGGCAUAACUUCACUCUGAAGUACCGGCCUGGCAAAGAUGCAGUGGUCCCGGACGCGCUCUCGAGGAGAGAACAGGAUAUGCCCCAGCACGCCGAAGAUGAACGAUUGAUGGGCCGCUACUUCCAGCUGUUGAAAGCGGCGAGAGGCAGAGCACUCCGUGUUAACCGUGGCGCGGCCGUGGUAGUUCGAACCGAUUUUGUCAAAAACGGCGACCAGGACGGAGAAACAGACGAUGUGGCAGACAAGUCGGAUCCACCGGAGAACCCGUUCACCGAUGCCCCGUUGAAGGACCUCUGGGAUCAGGGGCUAGAGGCAAACAACCGCUAUUGGCUCAUUCGGAAGAUGGUUCUCGAUGGCGAACGGGAAGCGGCUUUGCUGGCGGGACCGCAUUUGGAUUCCCUACUUGGAGCCCCUACGUACUGGAUAAUUCAGGAGAUUCACGACUCGACGCUCGCCGGCCACCCAGGGAGAGAUCCUACCAAGUCCUUCAUCAACUGGAAGUACACGUGGCUGGGGCUCAGUCAAGAUGUCCGGAGGUUCAUCCGAAACUGUAACGUUUGCGGGCGAACGGCUGUCUGGCGUGAAAAAAAGCGAGGACUACUCAAACCCCUGCCCAUCCCCGAGCGGAUGUGGUCGGAACUCUCGAUAGACUUCGUUACCGACUUGCCUCCCUCCGGCCCGGACCAAGCGACGAACAUCAUGGUGAUUACGGAAAGGCUGUUCAAAAAUGUGAUUUUCGAGCGGAUAGCAUCAAUCACCACAGAGGCCGUGGCAGAACGCUUAGUCGACUGCCUGAUACGCCAUCAUGGUUUCCCGCGUGCGAUCGUUUCAGACCGAGGGCCGCAGUUUGUGAGCUUGAUGUGGAAACGGAUUUGCGAGCUACUCAAAAUUACUCGGAGAUUGUCGACAGCGUACCAUCCAGAGACAGACGGAGCGACAGAACGGAUGAAUCAGGAAAUCGAACAUUACCUCCGUUGCUACACCACGUAUUGGCAAGACGACUGGGCCGACAUGCUUCCAACUGGGAUGUUGGCCAUCAACAACCGUGACGCAACGUCAACAGGGAUCAGCCCAUUCUUCGCAUCACAUGGGUACCACGUCGACCUCGUGGAUCUCGCCGAUGACAAGGAACGAGAGGAACCCCUUCGUACAGAGGGGCAGUCGCCGGUAGCCAAAGGAGAAGCGUUCGUCGCGCGACUGAGAGAGGCCACGGCGUAUGCCCAAGCAGCUAUGGCAUCUGCACAAGAGUGGCAGGGGGAGUACGCCAACCAGGCACGACAGGUCGCAGAGCAGUUUCAGGUUCAGGACGACACGCAGCCCCCAGCCACCAUCGCUGAAGACACUGGGGAACAGGAGUGGCUCAUCGAGGAGAUUCUCGAAGCGAGACGAAGAGGGAGGGGCCAUCAAGUGCUGGUUAAGUGGGCAGGUUAUAUACAACCAACCUGGGAGCCAUUGAGCGCCUUCCUAGACACGGCAGCGCUGGACAAGUUCGAGGCAGAGCACGGGAAGAUCACGCAGGACUUUGAGAACCAGGAUGGAAAAUACCCGGUCGAAGAAAUCCUCGAGCCAACUACGCCCCACUCCGCCCGCCCCUGCUGCGCCGCGUUCCACGGCCCCCAGCGCCAUACAAACACAGUCUACCACGGACCACGCAAGUUAUACCGGGCCAGGCUCACAAUCAGUGUUACACCCGUCAGUACAUGGCAAUGCACCUGA